GCCACACUCAUCGCUCCCCGGCUUUGUUUAAAAAAAUACGUACAUAUCCAAAUAGAUUGGAGGCGCUUUCCUCCCGGGUAGGAGCACAGCCCCUGUUCCCAACAUCGGCCUGGGACCAUGGCUGGUUCCCCUAGCUGCCUCCCAGGGGCCCCGGGGCCCGGGGUGGCCCGCAGUCCCAGCCUGCUUUAAGCCUGGAUUUGGGGGGGGGGGCGCAGACUGGGGGAGCGCACAGAGAAAGUGACAGGCAAAGGAGGCGAGGAGGGGACAGCCCGAACUCUCCCAGCCUCACUCCCAGUGAUAACCUGCAGCUAUGGAGUCACCGACCAAGGAGAUUGAAGAAUUUGAGAGCAACUCUCUGAAAUACUUGCAGCCAGAACAAAUCGAGAAAAUCUGGCUCCGGCUCCGAGGGCUGAGAAAAUAUAAGAAAACGUCCCAGAGGUUACGGUCUUUGGUCAAACAAUUAGAGAGAGGGGAGGCUUCGGUGGUAGAUCUUAAGAAGAAUCUGGAAUAUGCAGCCGCAGUGCUUGAGUCCGUGUACAUCGAUGAAACCAGGCGACUCCUGGACACGGAGGACGAGCUCAGCGACAUCCAGUCAGACGCGGUGCCUUCCGAGGUCCGAGACUGGCUGGCCUCCACCUUCACGCGCCAGAUGGGGAUGAUGCUGCGGCGGAGCGAGGAGAAGCCGAGGUUCAAGAGCAUCGUGCACGCGGUGCAGGCCGGGAUAUUCGUGGAGAGAAUGUAUAGGCGGACAUCAAACAUGGUUGGACUGAGCUACCCAGCGGCGGUUAUUGAAGCGUUAAAGGACGUGGACAGGUGGUCCUUCGAUGUCUUUUCCCUCAAUGAAGCCAGCGGGGACCAUGCUCUGAAAUUCAUUUUCUAUGAAUUACUCACACGCUACGAUCUGAUCAGCCGUUUCAAGAUCCCCAUUUCUGCACUCGUCUCGUUUGUGGAGGCCCUGGAAGUGGGAUACAGCAAGCAUAAAAAUCCUUACCACAAUUUAGUGCACGCCGCUGAUGUCACACAGACGGUGCAUUACCUCCUCUACAAGACGGGAGUCGCUAACUGGCUGACGGAGCUGGAGAUUUUUGCUAUAAUCUUCUCAGCUGCCAUCCACGACUACGAGCACACUGGGACCACCAACAACUUCCACAUCCAGACCCGGUCCGACCCCGCUAUUCUGUACAACGACAGGUCGGUGCUGGAAAACCACCACUUGAGUGCGGCCUACCGCCUUCUUCAGGACGACGAGGAGAUGAACAUCCUGGUCAACCUUUCCAAGGACGACUGGAGGGAAUUUCGGACCUUGGUGAUUGACAUGGUGAUGGCCACGGAUAUGUCUUGUCAUUUCCAACAGAUCAAAGCGAUGAAGACAGCUCUGCAGCAGCCGGAAGCGAUUGAGAAGCCCAAAGCCUUAUCCCUGAUGCUGCACACGGCGGACAUCAGCCAUCCCGCCAAGGCGUGGGAGCUCCACCACCGCUGGACCAUGUCGCUGCUGGAGGAAUUCUUCAGACAGGGGGACAGAGAAGCGGAGCUGGGGCUGCCUUUUUCGCCUCUGUGUGACAGGAAGUCGACCAUGGUUGCUCAGUCGCAAGUAGGCUUUAUCGAUUUCAUCGUGGAGCCCACCUUCACGGUGCUCACGGACAUGACUGAGAAGAUCGUGAACCCCCUAAUCGACGAGCCUUCCCAGACGGCGGGGGCGGGGCAGCGGCGCUCGAGCCUGAACAGCCUCAGUGCGGCGGACCCAAAGCGAUCGGGUGCGAAGAGCGCUGGUUCGGAAGGGAGCGCUGCGAUCAGCAGUGCUGUCAUCCCUGUCGACUACAAGAGCUUUAAAGCCACGUGGACUGAGGUCGUGCACACCAAUCGGGAGCGAUGGAGGGCCAAGGUGCCCAAAGAGGAGAAGGCCAAGAAAGAGGCGGAGGAGGAGGCGCGCCUGGCGGCGGAGGCCAGCAGCCAGGCCGGUGGGGGCGCGGCCGAGCAGGCGACCCCCGGGGAGGCUCAGAACCAGGUCAACGGCGCGCGCCCCGGCAAAGGCGACAGCUCUCGUGGGAAAAACUCCAAAGCUGAGAAGUCGGCAGGAGAAAAGCAGCAGAACGGUGACUUGAAAGAUGGUAAAAAUAAGGGAGACAAGAAGGAUCCAUCCAAUGUCGGAAAUGACUCCAAGAAAGCAGACGGCACGAAGAAGCGCUCGCACGGCUCCCCGGCCCCCAGCGCCAGCUCCGCGAGUCGCCUCACGCUGCCAGGGGACUACGGAUAAAACGUCCAUCCAGAGGACUACUCAGAAGAGAACUGACCAGCCCUGAGGUCGGAACACAUUUUAGGAAGCUUAUGUUUCUUUUACCAAAACAAAAUGUUAUGUACAUUGUAAGUUAUUGAAUGAGUAACUUCAAAAAUGAUAACUUCUGAUACCCCUAAGAUGGGUUUUUUAUAAUAAAUGCUUUGAUAUGUAUUGCACAUUAAUCAAAUAUCAGGGACAAAGCUAGGUUCUUAACAUGUAUUAUCUAUUAUCUCAUUUAAUCAUCACUGCCGCUCUGAAGGAAGGUACCAUGAUCUCCAUUCCACAGAUUAGGAAACUGAGGCAUAAUUAAAUAGCUUGCCCAAA